UACCAAAUAUUGACCAAAGGAAGAAAAAAAAAAGAUUAAAGAAGGUGGAAAUAUCAAAAAGGAACUUGGAAAUAUGUAAUUGCCUUGGACCUUUAUAUAUAAAAAAACUUUCUCAAAACUACUAAAACUCUUCUUCCAUUUGUCUCUCUCUCUCUUUCUCUCUCACUGUGCACAAAGAGUUGAAAAUGGGUCGCGGAUUAUCCGGCCGGCUCACCGUCAUCUGCUUCUCUCUUAUCUUCUUCAUCUCGUUAACCAACUCCUUCUAUCUCCCCGGUGUUGCUCCUCGCGAUUUUCAAACUGGUGAUCCACUUGAUGUUAAAGUGAACAAGCUGUCAUCUACUAAGACACAACUUCCCUAUGACUAUUACUACUUGAAGUACUGCAAACCUACUAAAAUUUUGAAUAGUGCGGAGAAUUUGGGGGAAGUUCUUCGUGGAGACCGCAUAGAGAAUUCAGUUUAUACUUUUCCAAUGAGACAAGAACAGUCAUGCCAAGUGGUUUGUCGGCAAAAACUUGAUGCUGAAUCUGCAAAGAACUUCAAGGAAAAGAUUGAUGAUGAAUACAGAGUUAAUAUGAUUUUGGAUAACCUUCCUGUUGCGGUUCUUAGACAAAGGCGUGAUGGAAUUCAGUCAACUACAUAUGAGCAUGGUUUCCGUGUUGGGUUCAAAGGGAAUUAUGCUGGGAGUAAAGAGGAGAAAUAUUUUAUAAACAAUCACUUAAGCUUUCUAGUCAAGUACCACAAGGAUCCUGAAACUGAUACUGCUCGUAUUGUUGGGUUUGAAGUCACUCCAAACAGCAUUAAUCACGAAUACAAGGAAUGGAAUGACAAGAACCCUCAAGUGUCAACGUGCAAUGAGAAUACAAAAAAAUUGAUACAAGGUAGUGCUGCUCCCCAAGAAGUGGAUACAGAUAAGGAGGUUGUAUUCACAUAUGAUGUUUCUUUCGAGGAAAGCGAUGUGAAGUGGGCUUCUCGUUGGGAUACAUACCUUCUCAUGAAUGAUGAUCAGAUUCACUGGUUUUCCAUCAUAAAUUCUCUUAUGAUCGUUCUCUUCCUGUCUGGUAUGGUUGCCAUGAUCAUGAUGAGAACUUUGUACAGAGAUAUUGCAAACUAUAAUCAAUUGGAAACGCAAGAGGAAGCUCAAGAAGAAACCGGAUGGAAGCUUGUUCAUGGAGAUGUUUUCCGUCCUCCAAUCAAUUCUGGAUUACUGUGUGUUUAUGUAGGCACUGGUGUUCAAAUACUUGCAAUGACACUAGUCACAAUGAUCUUUGCUCUGCUAGGUUUCUUGUCUCCUUCCAACCGCGGUGGACUAAUGACUGCCAUGGUUCUGUUAUGGGUUUUCAUGGGCUUGUUGGCUGGUUAUACUUCUGCACGCCUGUACAAGAUGUUCAAGGGAACAGAGUGGAAAAGGAUUACCUUGAAGACUGCUUUCAUGUUCCCUGGUAUACUUUUUGCCAUCUUCUUCGUAUUGAAUGCAUUCAUCUGGGAAGAGCGAUCUUCUGGAGCAGUGCCAUUUGGAACCAUGUUUGCUCUUGUGUGCUUAUGGUUUGGAAUCUCGGUUCCGUUAGUGUUUGUUGGAAGCUACCUUGGAUAUAAAAAACCAGCUAUUGAAGACCCUGUCAAGACGAAUAAAAUCCCUAGGCAAAUACCAGAGCAGGCAUGGUACAUGAAACCGUCUUUUUCUAUACUUAUUGGGGGUAUUCUCCCAUUUGGAGCUGUUUUCAUUGAACUAUUCUUCAUCCUGACCUCCAUAUGGCUGAACCAGUACUACUACAUAUUUGGCUUCCUUUUCAUCGUCUUCUUGAUCUUGAUAAUCACAUGUGCGGAGAUAUCCAUUGUGCUCUGUUACUUCCAGUUGUGCAGUGAAGAUUAUCAUUGGUGGUGGAGAGCUUAUCUGACUGCUGGAUCCUCUGCUUUAUACCUGUUCCUCUACUCUGUCUUCUAUUUCUUCACCAAGUUGGAAAUCACAAAGUUGGUUUCAGGAAUCUUCUAUUUCGGCUAUAUGUUGAUUGCAUCAUAUGCUUUCUUUGUGGUAACGGGGACAAUCGGAUUCUAUGCUUCCUUCUGGUUUGUUAGGAAAAUCUACUCAUCUGUGAAGAUCGACUGAUCAAAAGGGAGCCUCAUGAUCUGUUGUUACUAUAGUGAAAAUGAUCUGCAUUUAUGUGUCAAACUCAAGACUCGGUAAAAGUUGAAGGGUUUCUGUAGCUUCAUAGGACACGAGCCAAAGAGAGGAAGUUCCCAGGCUAGCAUUGACCAACUUACUUUCUGGUAUUAGCAUAGGCUUAGCUGUAUCUUAUGGUCAUAUACUUUUCCUCAAAACGGUUUCCCUGCAUUCUUGAUUGUACUUUCUAGCUAUACAAUUCAGUGGAACUUGAUAAAAUUUUGAUCUUUUUGGAAUCGUAUGAUGUUGGAUCAAUGAAUUUAUGAGAGAUCGUACUAAUUUUGAA